AUGUCAAACGAAUUCUUACAUUCCUCGCCUUCUCGUCAACUAAUAGACCCGUUGAUUUAUAAUAACUUUAAUGAUAUUGAUGAAAAAAAUAAAAAUGAUGAAACCGAUGAUGAAGAUUUAGUAAAAUCAAAACAACAUAAACUGAAAAGAUCAAAAGAUAUAAACACUCCCAAGGCCAAUUCAAUUCUUCCCCCAACCACUUCUGCUUCUAAACAGCCUUUAACGGGUUGGACUCCGUUGAUUAGUAAAACUUUUUUCAAUGACCAAUUCAUUUCUUAUAAUUCGACCCCAAGUUCAAAGUUCUUUAAUGGAGUUAUUUCAAACCACGAGGAUUUUGGUUCGGGUCUUAACUUAACUCCCUUUUUAAAUCAUAACUUGAAUCUCCCCCAGUCAAACCAACAAAAUAUCACCCCUUUCCAUGAUAAAUCUUUACAUUUGACCGAUUUCUUCAUGGAUAGUCCUAUUAGAGCUACUCCUUUGAAAGAUUUGGAUACCAUCACUCCUUCCAAGUUUAAAUUGACUCCAAAUGAUAAGAAGACUUUGAAGCAGUCUCUUUUCAGCGAGAAUAAUCAAAAAAGAUCAAUCACUCAAAUUGAUACCCCUCCAAGACAACCCCAUAAGCUUUCAAUAACAACAAAAAUCGAUGAUAAACUUACCGAUGAAGAAGAAGAAGACGACGAAGAAGAUGGAGAUGAAAUACAAAAACCAAUCUUGAAUAAAAAAUCAUACCGUAAAGUCCCCUCCGAUACUCCUUCGAAAAAAGUCUUAACCGACGUAUCAUCAAACAUUUUAAAUACAAAGACCCCCUUGAAAUUAUCUAAUAAGAACUUUGAAACCCCGGCUAAAUCAACCCACCCGGUGUCUUCGCCUUCCACAGUCAUCAUGUCCAGUGGAUUAAGGUCCAACGAUGAAAAUCAAAAAAUACCCCCAAGUCCAACUCCAAAGAAAGAAAUUAAAAAAAAUAUAAUCGAUUUUAAACCAACAAUGGGGGUAUUUAAUGAAAGAAAACAACCUUCUAAAAAAUCGAAAAAGAAAAAUAAUAAACAACAAAUGCAAGCCGGAAUGAAUAAAUUCCAAAUUGUCUUCACCGACGUUCACACUAAAUUAAAUAACCAAUCUAAAUCGAAAAAAUUAAGCCAUUUGAAUGCAAGCAGGUUAAAGAAAACUCCUAAUCCUUCUCUCCCUCCUCCUUCUAAAAGAAAAGACGAUUCCGAUAUCUCAAAAGAAAGUAACUCUUCGGUGAAUUCAAAUUUGAAUAUGUCUUCCACUGAUCACUCUUCUUUUGAAUUAGGUAAUAUCCUGUCUACUCCAAAUAAAAAAUUCGUUCUUGAUAAAAUGUUUGAUAAACCUUCUCCCAAUCUUCAUUAUAAUCAAUAUAAUCAAUACAAUAUGCCUCCUCCAAGGAUACAUCAACCACCACCACCACAACAACACCCACAACAACAACAACAACACCCCCAACAACCAGUAAUGAUGAUGAUGAUGAUGAGUACUCCUCAACAUCAAAAUGUCUUGAACUAUCCAAUCCUCAAUCAUGAUAUACCCAAUGAUUAUGAUUUGAAUAAUAGUCAUUUAAAUAAUACCUUCUCUCCUCAUGAUUAG